CAACCAACCAACCAAACAACCAACUAACCAACCAACCAAACAACCAACCAACCAAACAAACAGAUACAUAGAUAAACAAACAAAUAAAUAAUUGGCAUGUGCAAAAGUCUAGCCCCCACCCCCCCCCAAAAAAAAAUAUGAUUUCAGAACUUUGAAUUUGAAUUGUUAGCCCUAAAUCUAAGUCAGGAGAUUAUUCAGGACAAUAACAGAGCUUAAUAAAAUCUGUGUCGUGUUUAUGAAGCUUGCUCGUGUCAAAACGUCGUUUGACCAAGGGUGCACAAACUUUUGCAUAUGAUUGUAGAUUGGAUUGAUUGGGUGGAUAAGAAAUGCCAAAAUAAAUCAAAUAUAUCUUAAUAAAAUAGAACACACCUGAUGCAAGUGCGUGCGUUUGUGUGUGUGUGUGUGUGUGCGUGUAUGUGUGUGUGUGUGUGUGUGUGUGUGCAAUGCCAUGGGGAGCGACGCGCUCAGCUGCUCACAGCAUCACACAGGGCUUGUUGUAACAACAGCUGUUACUAAGGGGAGUUAAAUCCCUCCACACACACACACACACACACACUCAUAUGGUCAGGGGGAGGAUUAGAUUCUCACAACACCGAUCAGCUGUUCUCAGGUAAGAGCCUCUCUCCCAAUCAUUCUGUAUAUUUCACUUAUUAUUAUUAUUAUUAUUAUUAUAUAGAUUAUUAUUAACACACACAUUUCUGCUGCAGGAUUCAAUAAGAAUAACCUGCUGAGAGAAACCCAACUUGUAUGAUUUAGGUUAUUAGUAGUGAAUUCUUAGUAAAGUCUUUUUUUUUUAAAUUCAAAAUAAUUCUAAUUCAUAAUCAUACAUUAUAUAUACAGUAUACAGUAUAUUGCUAUUCACUGCACAGGAAAUCACAGCUAUUACAGGUUUCAGCAGUCAUAUUACUCAGCAAAUCCCGUGUGAAGUGUGUGAAGUGUGUGUGUAUAUGUGUGUGUGAUGUGUGUGUGAGGAUAGAUAAAGCAGGAUUUGGGUGUAUGGAGAUGUCGGGGCACCAGCAGGACACAGGAUGGAGUGUGUCUCCGGUCUCUGAGCUGUCCAGCUGCAUGCAGAGCCUCCAGUGUCAGGACAGCAGCUCGACCCCCAGGAGACGCCUUGAUCUGACGCCGGAGCUGAGAAGCUCAGACAGGGGGCAAGCCUCAGGACAACACACACCAACAGUGAGCAGGAGGAGGAGUUACAGAAAAGUGACAUCGCGUGAACAGGCCUCGAACACGCGUGGAUCACAGACCCGCAGCCUGAGAGGAGGAACAGAGGAUGAUGAAGGUGUUGAAGAUGAUAAGGAGAACACCAGCGUGUGGGAGAGAGUGAGAGUGAGAUUGUUCAGCUCAUCCAGUCCUGAAGAUCAGAUGCAGUCUGUGAGAAGGAGUAAGAGGCAAUCCCGCUCUUCACCAGCAGAGGAGGAACCGGAGACGCCUGAUUCAGAGUCACUGAUGCUGUUCCAGAGACUGAGAUCCAGGAGAAAUCCAGCACACACACUCAUCCCUGACAGCGCUGUCACUGAUCACUGCCUCAUUGGAGACUUCAGCAAACAUCACGUGCUUCCUGUGGAGAAGGUGAAUCAUCAGGAUCUUCAGUGUGUUUCAGCUCAAACUGUGGCGUCUCUGAUCAGAGGUCAGUUCAGCGCUGUAGUGGAGGACUUCCUCAUCAUCGAUUGCCGUUAUCCAUACGAGUAUCAAGGAGGUCACAUCAAGGGAGCAGUGAACCUGUACACCGAGUCUCAGAUCCUCCAGGCUUUCUUCCAGGACUCAUCCACCCCACAGGUGUCUCCAGCUGCCCGUCGUGCCCCAGGAGGGGCGUCUGUGCUGGGCACACGGGGCAGCAGGGGGGCGACGCCGGCGUCUGCAGGAGCUAAUGAGGGAGCAUCAUCACCCAGAAAACUCAUAGUGUUUCACUGCGAGUUUUCAUCAGAGAGAGGACCACGGCUUUGCCAGUAUCUGAGGGAGUUGGAUCGUUUAGUGAAUGCUCAGACGUACCCUCAUCUCCUCUACCCUGAGCUCUACCUACUGCAGGGGGGGUACAAGCGCUUCUACUCCUGCUGUCCGGAGCUGUGUGAGCCGCACGGUUACGUCCCCAUGCGUCACAGGGACUUCAGAGACCAGCUCCGGCGUUUCAGCAGGAAGAGGCACCAGCAUCAUCGCAGACGUCCAAUCAGAUCGCAGCAAACGACAUCACACUUUUAACACUGACUGAAAGCUGUCUAUAAAGAACUGAACAGAAACCAUGAGCGAAUGCUGGGAAUGACUGACUGACAAUUAGGGCGGGGCGAUAUGAUGUUAAAAUAUAAACAUCAUGAUUUUAUACACUUUUCUAUGACAUCACAGGUAUAGUUCGUGUUUUUAUAACAUCGACAAACUCCACUGAUGCUCACAGUAACGAUUAGCUGAUUAGAUGUUAGAUGUUAUUUAUACAAUUUCCAUUGUGUUUUUCGUGUCAAAGAAUUCAUUUCUAUUUUACCAGCCUUAGAGUAUUCUUAAAAAAAAGUAUUUUUCCACAGAUUUUUUUUCACUGCUGUUUUUCUGUUGAUCAUUUAGCAAAUCUAUAUAUAGCAACACUCGUGAAAUCCUGAAAAUAUCUUAAUUUUGUGUUUUUUUUGUGUAUAAGUAUUGUGUUAUUAAAUUUUCACUAUAUCACCAUCCCUUACAGAUUGUAUUAACUCUAACUUUGUUUCAUAACAGAUCUGUUAUAAUCACGUAAUUAUCUUUAACUUUAUACACACUCAGUGAUCGAACUGUUAAAGGAGCCGUUCGUAAUGUGUAGCGCCCUCUGCUGUUGUGCGAGAUGAACUGCUACUGUGACGAAAACACCACAAUUUACUUCGUAAAAUUGCCUUUUAAUUUAAGAAGUGGAGUUGAAUAGCUUUGUUAGGGCUGGAAGUGGAGCUAAAUUUCAGAGCUGGAAAACUGUAAACUGAAGCUUGGAAUGAUUAAAUUCGCCAGAUAUUUUGCAAAUCCAAAUUUUCCUAUUAAAGAAUAUGAUUAGUAUUGAUUAGUAUGUAUUAGUAUUAGUAUGAUUAGUGUUUAAUAUAGAAACACAUUCAAACUGUGAAAGGUACAUUUAACUACAAGUUGUUAGCUAGCUAGCUAACGUGCUGAGGUAAAAAAAAUCAGCAGGUGAAAGUUUGCAUUUUUGUACAAGGCAUGCUAUUGUACAUAUAUUUUGUUGUGUAUGUACACAGUCUUGAAGGUUUGUAGUAGUAAAGACAAACAUGGCGCUCUCUUUUGUCAUGUGUGAGGUUUGUGUGUGUGGUUUUGAUACAGAAAUCCGAACACAAGAUACAUUUACAAUUACAGAGUAGCUAAAGCAAUUCAAAUAACAAAAGCUAGCUAAUGAUACUAAUGAUGCUAAUGAGCUUUAGCUAGCUAACAUGUAGAUGUGGACUGUAUAAAGGCAUAGUUACUGUGCAAAUGAAACAGAAUUGUCGUGAAUAAACAUUUCCCUCAAAACUAGACUUUAGCUACACUU